UCCAUCGAAAAAUCUCAAAAUAUCGGCAGCCCAACGAGUGCCAAGCCAAUUAUUCGCCACCGCUUGGAUUGGCCUGCUAACGGCGACCCAUUUUAUUUUAUUUUUAUUUUAUUUUUUGGACAGGAAAAGAUAAAACAAUAGCAGAGAUAGAAAGAUGGGAAGUACGAGCACCGCUUUCGUCGCCCAUUUGCAGCUCCAUGGCUGCUUCUGUAAGCGCUUCCUCUCUAUUAGAAACCAACAACAACAACUGACUUCGUCGUCGUCGAGGAGACGGAGGUUGAGAUUCGGUGGUUUGCGGAGCACCACAAGUUUCAGUAGAGUCGUUUGUUUCGCUGCUGUCGAUGAUGAUAUCGGCGAGAAGCAGCCGGAGUUACCUACUACUAGCUCUACUACUGGUGGAGGUGUCGGCUCGGCUCUCGAGGAUAGGCCUGACAUGCUUGACAGCUCACAAGAAAACUCUGCUCAAAAUACUGAAGGAAGUGCACUUUAUGAUUUCCUGUAUCCCAGUAAAGAGCUCCUUCCUGAUGAUAAAGAAAUGAGUAUAUUUGAUCAUCUUGAAGAGCUGCGUCAGAGAAUAUUUGUGUCAGUUUUGGCUGUUGGAGCUGCUAUAUUGGGAUGCUUUGCAUUUUCAAAAGAACUUAUUAUGGUUCUUGAAGCUCCUGUUAAAGCACAGGGUGUACGAUUUCUGCAAAUAGCUCCAGGAGAGUUUUUCUUUACAACAUUGAAGGUAUCAGGCUACUGUGGCCUUCUUGUGGGAAGCCCAAUUAUUCUUUAUGAGAUUAUAGCUUUUGUUCUUCCAGGCUUAACAAGAGAAGAAAGAAGGUUCUUGGGGCCAAUUGUUUUAGGCUCCUCGAUACUCUUCUAUGCUGGAAUUGUCUUCUCCUAUUUGGUUCUAACUCCAGCGGCUUUAAAUUUUUUUGUUAGUUAUGCAGAAGGGGCUGUGGAAUCUUUAUGGUCUAUUGACCAAUACUUUGAGUUUGUGCUUGUGCUCAUGUUCAGCACAGGCCUGUCUUUUCAGGUUCCUGUUAUACAAUUUCUACUUGGACAAGUCGGUCUAGUGUCAGGAGACCAAAUGCUGUCAAUUUGGAGAUAUGUGGUUGUUGGGGCAGUUGUUGCAGCCGCUGUACUCACACCAUCAACUGAUCCUCUUACCCAGAUGCUUUUAGCAGCACCUCUUCUCGGUCUUUAUUUGGGUGGUGCAUGGAUGGUCAAGCUCACAGGCCGAUGACUGGUUUUUUCACAGGCGUCAGUGCAGGAGAUUUGUUCUCAGUGGUCAGUGCAUAUAAAGGGCAUGAAUGGCCUUUGCAUAUUUGCCCAAAGGAUGUAAACAUAUUAUACAUAUUAUUAGAUUUGUAGUUAUCCGUAACAAAGGAAUGAAGGAUAAUUAGUCACGAAA